CAGUUCAAGUUCGCGUCUCGAACGGUUCAGUUUGUCUUGCUUUUCCGUUCCGCAGCCGGUAUCGAUUGCCUAAAGGAUAACCCCAACCGACUGGCGGGAUAAUGCUUUAGCCUCGCUUCAGCUAGUGUGUUUGUGAAGUUGUUUACUGAAAGUAUUUCUGUGCUACGAAACGAAAAGUUCCCAAAAAACCUGAAAACAAAUUAAUUUUCGGUCCAAUUUAAUCGCCUGUUUAAAGAUUUAUAAGCAUGUGGCCACCCAGAUCCUGUCUGUGGUUGGCUCUCGUCCUCCUGGUGGGCGUGGCCCAGGGCCAGAGCAGCAGUCGGGAGCACUUCGAGGAUGCGGACAAGUCCAGCGAGUACACGGACCAGCAGUACGACCUCCGGCACACGAUUCCCGGCGAACCAGGCCUGGAUUACCCCAUUCUAAGUGCGCCGCCCAAGACCAGCUUUGUGUGCAAGGGAAGACAUGAAGGUUACUACGCAGAUGUGGAGAGUCGCUGCCAGGCCUUCCGUAUUUGUGCCCACACGGCCCGAUCCCCCCAAGGAUUUGGCUUCCUCUGCCCCAAUGGAACCCUCUUCAGCCAGAAGAACUUUGUGUGCGAUUGGUACCGGAAUGUGAACUGCGAUGACUCAGAGAGAUAUUACGAAAUGAACGAGGAGAAAUCGGUGGGCAGCACCCACGAGAUGAUGGAGCGAGUGCGUCACAUGAUGGAAUACCCCAUGAAGACCAUUUCGAAGGCCUUGCAGCAAACCCAGUCUCAGUCGCCGAAUCCGCACUACAGUCUCAGCAAGGAUCUGAGUGGAGCUAGUGGGGUUUUGAGUCAACCAGCGGCUAUUAAGCCCAAUGAACCCCAGGAUACAAAAGUGGUUGGACGUGGAGAAGCCGUUAAGAGUGAGCCACUGAAUGCCGUGAAAACAGGCAUUGCCACCGACGAAAAUGAUGAUGAGGGUAUCUAUGUGAACAGCUUGGGGGAACUAUCUUCGGAUCCUGGCAUCCAGUUCGAUCACACGAAUGCCCACAUCGUGGCGGAGUAUCCCCGGGAAUAUCACUAUCAAAAGCAGAAGAACUUUGCCGAGCGUGUGAAUGCGGGCUUGGACCUCUUAACCGACACGGAAUCCACCUCGGGAGAGGUGAUGGCUCCCGACUACAUCAAGCACAUUAGGAAUACGAAGGACGAGGCCGUGCAAAUUGAUCUUGUGUCGAAUAUCAACAAUCUGCUGGAUGAGGUGUCCACCGAUGUGGAUCCCUCCGUUUCCGGCUAUCAAUCCAUGGCCCCGCCGAAAGUGAAGCAGCCUUUCCGGUUCCUGAGCCGCGGAUUCUCGAUGCAGGGCGAGAACGGCAAGGGCAGCUCAUCCACGGGCUAUGGCUACAUUAAACCCAAACAAACAGCCAGCACUGUCAGAUUUACGCCCAAUGAGAUACCCACCGAAGAUCACAAAUCCAUUGAACACAAGCACAAGUUUUCCAAAACCGCAAGUACCAGCAGCAGCACCACUUCGACAACCACCGAAUCAGUGGAACAACUGCUGAUAGCACCCACUUUGCCACCCGCUGAGGAUGAGGAAGUGACCACCACAACAGUGGCACCUAAAAUUACCACCACCUUAGCCGCAGAACCACUUAGUUUUCUGGCACCACCACCACCUGAAGUGGUGGCUACCGGGGAAGUACCGCCCAUCGAGUCCAUUGGCCAGGCAGCUGCUCUUACCGCCAGUCUGCCCAUUAGUGAGGAUUUAACCGAGGUGGAGCUGAGUCCCGAGACCGCUGAGAAGAAUGAUGUGCACCAUGAGGCAGCCAAGUUGCUGCUGGCGGGCGUGCAACUCACAUCCCACGAUGAAGAGAAGUCCUUGGAAAGGAACGAAAUAGUGGUUACUAGUACCACAACCAGUAGCCCCAUUACGCCAGCCAUGCAGACCUCCACCGAGGUGGUAACGGAGAUCAGUAGCACUCAGGAACGCGUUCGUGGCUAUCGGAAGAAUCGCCCUGGAGCCAUGUUAAAGCGGGCCCACAUUCGUCCUUUACCCAUAGUUCGCACCACAGCGGCAUCGACCACUCCAAGGAGCAUUCCAACCACCAGGAGUUACCUGGAACGCCUGGCAGCUAGUAGACUGCGUCUGUCCAGAUUAUCCCAGGCCACCAGAAGCACCACAAAGGCAACAACUACAACGGCGAGCACAACAACAACAUCGCCUAGGGCAACCACCACAAUUUCCUCGUUCCAACAAGUACGUGGCGGUGCCGAACCGGGUCCAAAUAAGAAGCUAACAGUGCGCGACAUUGAUCGCGAGACCAAGAUUGCUCCAAACAAGGCCAGCUGGGAGAGCGUUCACAGCAACCUUCAACGCUUCCAGGUGCAACGCGGCAAUCGAGUGUACACACCGGCAACACGAGCCUCGGUCAGCAGUAUUAGUUCGGGAAUCACCAGCAGCAGCACCACCACUCCCAGAAGUUAUGUUGCGGCCACCUCUUCCCGAUCCACAGCCACCCUGAAUCGCGGCAAGAAUCGCUACUCCAACUUCAAGACUCAGGCGCCCGUGCAACGAACUCGGGGAACCACCACGCCAAGGAGCACUACAGUGCGACCCACAUCCUCGCUCUUCUCGCUAAACCAGCACAUCUCCGCCUUGGCCUCCAACUAUAAUGGUGGCUAUGCCUACACCCAGGCACCGCAGAUCAGCAAGCCCAUCCAACAGUCACCAUCACACGUUUAUGCCACACACACCGCCAGCGAUAUCGCUGCGCACGCCUCUCAAUCCCAAUCCACAUCCAGCCUUUCCCCCGCCUCCGCUUUCCUUUCCUUCGAUAAGUUAACCCGUGCCAUUGUUGACGAGUCCAUUUUGCAGAAUUUCAAAAGUGCCCAGUCGCAGGGUUCCCAUCAACAGCAGCAGCAACAGCAACAUCAACAGCAACAACAGCAACGCCAACAGCAUCAUCAGGCAGUCAAGCAGCAACAUCAUUCGGUCAGCAGCAGCUACGUUAAGCCAGCAGCGGCGCCAGCUAUUUCCAGUCUGACUGUACCGCCACGACCUCAACAGGCACCACAAUUAUCAGAACUAGCUUCGCCGCCCGGGAUCGUAAUUGCUCGUGCAGAAGGUCAGCGAAUUGCUCCCAACUCCGCCAGCAACAUCAUCUCCAACUUGGCCACCCAGGCACCAGUCACUAAUAACCAAGGCAACUCCUAUGUUUCUCUCAACGAUUUCCUAAACAACAAGUUCGGUCAAAGUCCUGCGAGUACCAACAAUAUUGCUUCUGCUGCCACUUUGCAACAGCAACAGCGUUUGCCACAACAGCAGCAACACUAUCAGCAGCAACGUGUGCAAAAGCAGCCGGCACAGCAGCAACAUGUUCAACAGCAGCAACGCCAGCCUGUCCAGCAGCAACAAGUCCCACAACAGCAACGCCAGCCCGUGCAACAGCAACAUACCCCUGUGCAACAGCAACAUACCCCUGUGCAACAGCAACAUACCCCUGUGCAACAUCAGCAGCAACUAAGCUUCAUCUCACAGCAGUACCAACAACCACAGCAGCAGAAUGUCUACCAGCAAUAUCAGCAGCCCCAGCAGCAACAGCACUUCCAGCAGCAACAGCAACGUCCCACAAUCCAUACCAUCCAGCAACCCUAUCUGACGCCCAACAUUUUCGUGCCCUACCAGCAGCAGCAGCAGCAAUUGCCGCAGUUUCCGCCUCUGGCUCCGCCCGUGGCCGUGUCCCCAGGGAAUAUUGCUCAGGGACCAGUGAUAGCCGGACGCCAUGUGGACCACUUGAACGUGCAGCUCCCCACGCUGGGCAAUGGCCUGAUACCCGGACUGCAGUUGGCCCAGAAGCGCAGCGAUGUGUCGGCCAGUCAGCUGCAACUCACGGAUGCCCCGGGCAAGGGCAGCCUAUCCGGAUCUGGUAAGAGCCGGGAGCGUGCCUUCUAUGCCGGACGCACGUCCUACGAUGUUCCACAGAGCAGUGUGGGCCGACUACCCAACGAUGUCACGCAGCAACUGCGCCGGCGGCUCCGUCGCUUCUAAACGAGAUUUCCAGAUUAACGAGCUAGGACUAGAAACGUAUCUUUUAGCUAAAUUAGUAAACUAUUUAUGCCUAAGCUAAGUUGAGAACUGUGCUAUUGAGAUCACUUCAGUUCAAAAACCAUACUCUAUUCGUAUGUAUGUGUGUGUAUAUUUUUGCAUAUUUAUUGAUAAAUAAAACGAAAAAUUUA